AUGCAAGAGCAGUGGAAUCAAUGCUAUGGUAAAAGGGAUCGGGGAAGCAGACGGACGGUGCGGCGAAAACAGACUGAAAGGAGCAUUAGAACAAAUAAUUCUGUAGGACAGGGUCUGCGUGUGGAGCCCAGGCGAUUGCAAAGAAUUGCUGCGAGAAUGUACGAAUAA